GUUCCGGCGUUGAAGCAUCUACACCUACUAUCGGGGCGAAUUCACGGACCGUCUUAACAGUCGAAAUCGAUAUCUUCACGUCGUAAUAUACAAUAUUAUUAUUGUAUCAUCGUGUAGUUAGUUAGUACGCGACGUGCGGUAAUUUUUGCGAUAACUCGAUACCGGGUCCAGUGACAGUUCGUUUGGAAACGGUUCGCCGAUAGCAUAAUGAAUCGGUUACAUUCGGUGUCGGUGUGCGUGGUGGUGAUUUUGGCGUUGGGCGUUGGGCGGUCCAAAGCUUUCUGCGGGUUGCGAUCCGGUGACAGCGAAGAAAGAGGCAACGUAGACGAUUUCAUCACGUGUCUAAAGGCAAAGGCGAUCGUGACGCUGGACCGCAUGUCUCGAGACGAUUCGUUGCCCCUAACCGGAUCAGUGACCCUGGUCCAUGGGGACUCAACUCACCGCCGACAAAGGUCGGAUCAGGGCCCAGAGGUUUCAGAACUUGAACUCCAGUCAAAACCGGACGACGCACUCAACAAUAUGCUCUACGACAAGGCGGUCAGACUUCUCAGUGGUCGAGUCGUCAAGGUCGGUCUGCCCGAAGUUACACCAGACCAGUUGAGAACAGCCCUGGAAGAAGGUCGUGGAAAAAUGAAGAAAACCAUGGGAAUGAUGAUGACGAUGGGUGCCAUGAAGGCGAUGAUGAUCAUACCACUGGCUCUCGGCGUGCUGUUUCUUUUGGCCGGAAAGGCGUUGAUAAUCAGUAAAAUAGCGCUGGUCCUGUCGCUGAUCAUCACGCUCAAGAAGCUCUUGUCCAAGUCUGGAGGCGGAGGCGGAGGCAGCGAGCACAUGAUGCACGAGUCCCACUCUUCCGGGUGGCCAUCGGGCGGAAGUUCGGGAGGCCACGGGGGCGGCUGGGACAAGAGGUCUGCGUCGUCGGAGGCUGCUGCUGCUGCAAGUCAGAUGUUGGCUUACAGAUCGUACAUCAAGCCAUAAUUAUUUAAAGAUAGAAUUACAAAAGUUCAAUAAUUAUUGAACACGUCAUUCGACAAUGUGUGAACCUCACGCACUGUAGUUAUGACACCAUUAUUUAUUAUAUUAAUUAGUAGUAUUUAUUAUUAUUUAUUAUCAUCAUUAUUAUUGUUGUUCGUUUACGAAAUUUCAUCAAUCUUUAUUAUGAUAUAUUAUGCAUUAAACUUCCGAGUCCCGACUCUACGAUGCCACUGUACCUACGGGAAAUAUUAUUCGUAAUAUUUCAAUCAAACGCUGUUUUUGUUCUAAUAUAAUAGAACAUUACAAUAUUUUAAUAGUUUAUUCAUCGUUCACCUUUUUUUUAUAUUCUAUUGCGUGUCAUUUCAUUACGAUAAUAUAGUACUUUUUCCAUCAACUUAUAAAAUUAACUGUCGUUCAUGAUUUUAUUGUCGUAUGGUAGUAAAAAAAUAAUAAUUGUUCUGUUAUUAUAUUAUAAUUGGAAAUAAUAUUUAAAAUAA